CCGCGGGCCGCGGGCAUGGACCGCCACGAGCUGGGCGGCGCGGGAGCCGUCGAGAUCGAGAAGGCGCCGCGCGAGGCCGGGGCGGACAUGGAGUCGGAGCCGGCCGCGGCGCGCGCGGCGGAGCGCGUCCCGCCGUGGCGCGAGCAGCUGACGGCCCGCGGCCUGGUGGCGGCGCUGCUCAUCGGCGUCGUCUACACCGUCAUCGUCAUGAAGCUCAGCCUCACCACGGGGAUCGUGCCCACGCUCAACGUCUCCGCCGCGCUGCUCGCCUUCCUCGCGCUCCGCGGAUGGACGCACGUGCUCCACCGACUCGGCAUUGCCUCACGCCCCUUCAUGCGACAGGAGAACACCGUCGUCCAGACCUGCAUCGUCGCCUGCUACACCAUCGGAUUCGGCGGCGGGUUCGGGUCCUUCUUGCUGGGGCUGGACAAGAAGACCUACGAGCUGGCCGGGGCCAGCACGCCGGGGAAUGUGCCGGGGAGCUACAAGGACCCCGGCAUCGGAUGGAUGAUGGGCUUCCUCCUCGCCGUCAGCUUCGUCGGCCUCCUCACCUUGCUCCCCCUCAGAAAGGUGCUCGUCAUCGACUAUAAACUAACCUAUCCAAGUGGGACUGCGACUGCCGUGCUCAUAAACGGCUUCCACACACCUCAAGGAGAUAAGAAUGCAAAGAAGCAGGUCCUGGGCUUCCUCAAGUACUUUGGGAUCAGCUUCUUCUGGAGCUUUUUCCAGUGGUUCUACACCGGCGGCGACUUCUGCGGAUUCAUGCAGUUCCCCACAUUUGGGCUGAAGGCUUGGAAACAAUCAUUCUUCUUCGACUUCAGUCUGACCUAUGUUGGCGCCGGGAUGAUCUGUUCGCACCUCGUCAACCUUUCUCUCCUCUUUGGCGCUGUUCUGUCUUAUGGAGUAAUGUGGCCGCUCAUGAAGAAACAGGAGGGGAAUUGGUACUCGGCAAAGGCGUCUGCCAGCAGCAUGACAGGCCUCUACGGUUACAAGAUCAGCAAUCCGGGGAACGUGCGCAGACAGAAAAGAUCUGAGCCUUCUAUUGUGCAGGUGCAGUGGAAGCGGUGCGUUGCUGCGUGGUUUGGAUGGCUGACGCCUGAACCAGUGGUUGGCUGGUUGAAGUUGGUUCCAUACACAUUUUCUCCAUCCCCUUUCCCGAUCCAGGGUUGCGCUGUUCUUGAUCCCAAGUUGUGCUUUUUAGUCUGUUUCUAAUGUGAGCUUGUGACUGCUCUUUGUACAGGUUCAUGCGGAACCACUGUGUUUGUGGUUUUCUGGACAGGUUUGCUCUUUUACUCUGAAUCAUGCAUACUUUGGUUUCGAUGUUUGUAUAGUUACUGAUCUCUAUAUUUUUGGCUUUGUAGUUCAGUGUACUGAUUUUCUCUUCCAUUUUGUCGGUUCUUUGUAACUGUAUAUUAUUUGGCCAUUUCUCAAUGGAAAAAUAUAUUAUUUUGCCCGUGCCUUAAAGCUGGAUCUAAUCUUAGUAAAAUAAUUACCAAAAUUAAUGUUAUAAUAGCAGUUCUAGCAGUGUGUAUUACUGAAUGAAUAUUUAAAAUUUUGAGAAUAUUGUUUCCUUUAAAAUAAUAAAUAGAUAGUAUGUAUGAAUGUCAUGUUGGAUCAGAAAUCAUGUUUCAAAUGGACUUCAGCUAAUGUGAACUGGGAUCAGUAUUCGCUUUGAACAGGAUUUUUUUUGAUAUCGCAGCCAAGUAUGAUAUAUGCUUGUGUUCCAACAAAUUUUCUGAAAAAGGAACUUUCAGUGAGUAUUUGCCAGAUAUUGUCAGUACUUGAUUCACACCACGAGGUAAUAAAGUUUGUCCACUGCUUCAUUCCUCCUUUUGUUUGGCAGGAUUAUUUUAGGUUCCUUUUCUUCGACCUGCUUUGGUGUUAUAGCAGUACAACACAAAAAAAUGCGUAAUUAUGAUUGUUCUUCUGCAUGUUAAACGGGCAUGCUUCUCUUUCACUGAGAAGAGGGACAUUCAAAAUCUAAAAGGUGUUUCGCUGCUAUCAAAGAUGUUGCAAUUGCGUAGUUAGUCUUUGAUGUUGAUUUGAAUUUCUCUGCUGGUACUAAAAAAUGCUAAUAUCAGUUGUGUAUUUUCUGCAUUUGAUGACUCACAUAGUUAUGUGUUCUCUCCAUGUAUAUAUUCCAUUAGUUUGAUUUUACUUGUGAUGCCCAACCCAUUGUUACAUACUUACAUUUACUUAUGGAGGUCCAUUGGAAAUUUGGCAUUUUUGCUCAGAGGAGUACUGCAUUAGCAUUUUCAUUGUGAAAAUGAGGACAUAAAUAAUUGGAAUAUAAAUAUAGACUAUCCUGUGCUGGUAGGGUCAUUGUCUUCAUCCUUGAACGUCUUUUGAUGUUGUUUCUGUGGCUGCAACCAAGUUCGCAUCUCUUGACACACAAACGGAUAUGCAUCAAUUUUUUGUUUUGUAAAAGCACUAGAGGCUGAUGCUUAAGUCCUGGUCACACCCUUCUGUCUUAUCUUCUUGAAAUAGCAGCCCACGUUUGAAGACUUCUUAAAUGAUCAACAUUUAGGCAUCAAAUUUUUUACAAUAACUAACUAUAUACUUUGAUGUUUGCUCUUUGAAGAGAAAUCCAUGAUAUAUCUAUUGUGACAUUCAUGAAGAAAUCCCUGCUAAAUCCACGAGAAAUCUAUUGUGACAUUCAUGAAGAAAUUCCUGCUAAUUCCAUUAUUCGUGUCAUUGACGGCUUAGUUUUUUUCCUGAUGCCUAUGCUACCUCUAUAUCUAUAAGCAUUGCGUCUUCUAAUCCUACUUUAGAUAUCGGUACUCUUUUUGUAUCGAUGUGAAUUUGAUACUAUAAAAAUAUACCAGGACCAUAUAUGCGAGGAAAUAACAAAACAAUUCUGUGUUCAUGAGUUAUCCACAUUUUGGAAUUUUGACUGCAUUGUUCCGUGAUGGCAUUUAACAGUUAUCCACGUUUACGACUAUAUUUAAUCAGCACUCCAUUGGUUCUGAUGUUCCUAAUGUUGCUUUCAUAACAGGCAUUGAUGCAUACGAACUAAAUAUUCUGCAAGCGAACUACGAAGAAAAUUGGCUUGUUAAUCUUGUUUCAGUCAGGAAGUGUGCAAAUAUCUAUAGUUGACUUCCAGAGAAGCUGCAAACAGGAAUGAUUUGUGCAUGGAUCAGUAGAAUUAACCUAACAUUUAACAGUGCAUUGGGCAAAACUUUAGGCUUGCAUGUUUAUGGACCUCAUGUAUAAGAAACAAUUGAUAUACCAUCCCAUUUAUGUGCUUA